AUGGCGGAAGCAGAUUUUUUGAAAGGAUUACCAGUCUACAACAAAAGCAACUUCAGCAGAUUCCAUGCGGAUUCUGUAUGUAAAGCAUCAAAUAGAAGACCAUCGGUAUAUCUUCCCACAAGAGAGUAUCCAUCUGAACAAAUUAUAGUAACAGAAAAGACAAAUAUACUUUUGCGUUAUCUACAUCAGCAGUGGGACAAAAAGAAUGCAGCAAAGAAGAGAGAUCAAGAGCAAGUGGAAAUAGAAGGUGAGAAUUCGGCGCCGCCACGGAAAAUCGCUCGAACAGACAGCCAGGAUAUGAACGAGGACACUUAAACUCUUGGCUUCCUCCUCUACUACUUUGCAGGCGCUUCCUGUUUUGUCUCAAAGUGUGUAAAUUUUGCCCCUUGCCCCCAUCUCUCACCCCUCCACUACACAGCCCAAACCACUUCUGACGUCAUAGGAGCCAAUGUAUUUAUUUUAAUUUUUUUUUUCCUCUCCAUUUUUUUAUUUAUGCCGUAAAACUUACGGAGCAGUGGUGGAACAAUUCAGUAAAUGACGUAGUAUAACCUUAGUUCCUCCUUUCUAAAAAUAUACACUGUCACUUUCACAGGUUUUGUUGAAUCUGUUACCUAAUCAACCAGGUCUAGCUGUGGGAGCCUGGGUAGGAGACGUGGGUUAUUACCAAACCCUCCAGUGGUAGAGGCUUUCCGAUUCGCAUACCUGCUGACAUAUUACAAGUGGUUAACUCUUCUUCAGAUGUGCCCAGUCCAGCCAGAAGUGUGGGACCUCACUAUUUUUCACAAGUAUUCUGAAACUGGCCCUGCACUAAAAAAAGAAAAAAAAAAAAAAAAAAAGUUCAUGGGUGUCGUUUAGGGUUAUGUUGGUCUUAGCAAACGUGUUGUCAACCUGAUCUAUCAGUUGUGUUCUUUGGGCCUGCUCUGUAAGGGCCGCGGUCGUUUGGCAGCGUACGUUAUCUCAUGCAUCAGUGGUCAUGGAGAAUUCAAGUGAAAGGUGUGUUGCUUUUGUUGCUCUUAAAUUCUAAACCGUCUCUUGGUCUUGAACGGACUGGUGUGUGCAACUUCUCCGUUGGAAUAAAAGGAUACUCUUAGCCUUUUCUGAGUAUUUGAUCAGCAGCGUGUGUAAGCAGCAGCUGGUGGAGCGGAGGUGGGGAGGCCCCCGCAGGCUGGACAAGGCUGAGAGCGCCUCGGGAUAAUGGUACGUUGUCCUUUCCUGUGAUCUCGGCACGUCUGGAAUGGAGUCCAGGACUCGGAGUUGAUCGAAAUGUGAGCUUCCAUGGUCUCUGAUGAAGACCAAUCUCUUUUGGACUGUGACAGUUCAGUGCCUGUUGCCUGUAACCCUUCACUGACUCUUUGAUAAGAGCCAAAAUGGAGACCUGCAAGUCGUCCGGGUGGAUUCAGAGGUUCAGAGACUAAAAGGAGACCAGCGUCGUCACCUGAAGGGGACAGGGAAGGUGUAGCUUAGUUAUGAUGUCUUGUCUGCUUUAACGUAAGAAGCUGACUUCACACUGUGUUAGUUUAAAUUGUUGCAUUUGUAGCUGUGUUUUCUCCUCGUGGACAAAUCCUAAACACCAAGAAAUUGCACGAACGUUUUUUUUCUAGAGAUUCUGGAUAAGCCUCGUUCUGAGUGGCUGCAGUGGCCAUGAGCUUUGAGGGUUUCUGCUGUCCCCUUCACCAACUUUGAGGGCUUCUGUGUGUCCCCCAUCCAACCAGGGGCUGCCAUGUGUUCAGGUUUGGGGGUGAAGGGAGGUAAACUGUUGCUGACGACCACGUGUUGCAAGGCAGAACCUUAGGAGGAACAGUGCACACAGCUCACGUUGCAAUUUGAAAUGUACAUUAGGCACCAAGUUUCUGAUGCAGUGAGUGAAUUUAACUUAACACUGAGUAGUUUAGAACUUUGUAUCUGCCUCAAAAAAACCCGUUACCUUUUUGCUAUGGCAGUAACCUCCAAAGCACUGGAAUGUCGAUGAAAAUGCCAACUGUGUUGGUGAAGAUAAAACACACGUGGGUUUCCGUGUGAUUUACUGGCGAUUGCAAGAGGACUCCUCCCCGAGUUACGCUGUCAAAAAGUGCUUUUGUGCAAAGUGCAAGACGUUGCCUGAAGACGCCGCGUUAGCAUCCGGCCUCGCAGGGAUUAUCUGAAGCUGAAACUGAAGAAUCCUCUCAAGAGCUGUGAGACACCAAAAGAGGAAACAGACGUGCAGCUGGUGGUAAAGUGUGACCAAUUUGUGUGUUUAGCAAAGCUUGAGAGCUGCAGCCUUGCAGUAAUGUUUGUACAGUGCUUUAAAGUUGUAAAAUGCUGUAUAAUUCUCGAUUGAUAUGGCAAGGUUUGAGCUUUGCUGACUUCUCUGCUAGACAGAGUGAUGUACUAUUAAAGAGAGUUGGCAGUUCCUUCCUGUUGUAAACCCCCGUCUUUGUUCCCUCUGUGUCUUUAAAAAAAUGGUCUUGUUGGUUAUGGGAGCCUUUGGACUAUUUCAGGUGUUUUUAGGAGGUUAAAAAAGUUGGCUUUUUAAGGUAGUUCUGAAGUGAUGGAGAAACAACUCCUCAGAAGGACAUGACUUGGAAGUGUCGCUGGUGUUUUUCACCUUGGUGGCUGUGCACCAGCAGUGUGGAUUUCUGAUACCCGCAGGGAGUCUUUUCUCCACCCCGUGGAUCUGAAGUGAGAGCUCCCUCCCUCCUCCUCCUCCUCCAGCUCCCUUUCCGUGCUGCUCCCAGCUCGAGUGCUCUCCUCAGGCUAUGCACUCCGAUCCUAUAGUCACGUCUGUUUAGUACGUGGUAAGUGUAUCAGGUUUGAAUGUUGCAUGGAAGAUCUUCACUUGCCUAACUGUGACUUCCUGGUGCCUUAGUGCAUUGAAAACAACAACAACAAAAUGUUUGAAAAAACAAACCCUGGGUUUUUGCUGACCACACUGUUUGUAUAAUCCUUAGCUCCUCUGACUUCCAACUCUUGUUACAAAGUGACUGAGAUUUAGUGACCCUCAGGGGGUUUUUGUAUAUGUCUGCAUAGUGGUAUUUUUAUUGUUUCUGUUACCAAUGUAUACUAAAGGUUUGGCUUUUUUAAUGAAAACUUUGAGAUACUUGUCAGAGAUCAGAAUUUUGGGUUGUGUUUUUUUAGUUGACUAAUGCAUCUCUCAAAAGUCAAAGCACCAGAAAUGUGUUUUUUUGAUACCGAGGGACGAUGAGUCUGUCUGGGAGCAGCCCCUUCCCUCGGAGCGUACUGUUGGCUGGCGUCUGUCCUGCCCUGAAUGGCACCGGAGCUUGUCCCCGGCGUGAGCAGUCGGGUGUGUGCUGGGGGAGUUUAGAAUAUGAAAACCUUCUGCGCUGCCUUUUCCUAACGUAAAAAUACACCAGUGACUGAUGGGCAGGGAAAAGGCAGUUGUGUUUAGGUUAAGUCUUGAUACGAUCACUUUUUGAGGGGACAAAUAGUUCAAAAGAAAAGAUGUUAAGAGUUAGAGGUGGGAAAAUGUUGAGAGAAAGGACAGACUUCCCCAUGAUGUGGGAAUUCACAGCUGAGGGGAUGGGGAACUGCGUCCGGGCAGCAGCGUCUGUGCGUGUUUGUGCUGGUGGUUCAGUCCUGGAGGUCAGUUGUUUGUCACAGUGUCUCCGGGCGGGUGACAGUGACAUGUUCAGCUUUCAAGGUGUUUCCUGCUUCUGGCCUCGGGAGUUUUUCAGGACCCUGCCGAUGUCCUGAGCAACCAGCAUGGCCCGUGCUCUGAGCAGGAGGCCGGAGGUGACCUCCCGGGGUCCUUUCCAAGCAGAAAACACCAGAAAGUGGCAAAAUGCAGCAGAACCCGCGGCUGGAAGGUUUGGCUUUGUACAAAGCUGGCAAGCAGUGGAAGACUUAGCAAAGCUGAGGGAGUUUGCAGGCACGUGCAAAAGGUUUUUUGACAAGCCCUGAAACCACGUUGUGCUAUGAAGGAGAGCGAGUGGCAGGACAGGGAACCAGACCAGGACAGGGCGGGGACGGGAGCUGCUCGGCUCCCCGCCAGCCACACUGGCUCAGCCUGGACCCAGCCUGACCUGGGUCUAAACUCUUCACUGCAGAAGUAUUUAAGGUGGGCAGAAGUUUUCAGAUGUAUUUUGCUAACAGGGUGCAUUCAGAUGCAUUUCACUGGAUGAGGACAGGCUUUUAGAAUCAUUUAGCUGCGUUAGAUCUGAUUUUAAAAAAAUAAAAGCAAACCCGCCUUGUUUUCUUAGCCUUGGCAAGACAUGGAGCACCAGCAGCGUUCUGGUUUGGGCGUGUGGGAUGCACGUCCCGGCGGCUGUUGGGAGCUGGUUGCUGAGCCAGGUUGGGGUGAAUCCCAAGGACACGUUUAACCCGACCGCUCGUUUCUGUCAUCCUGGUAAAUGUGCCAAGUGGUUCGUGGACUCCGCGUCCGCAUGGGCGAUUGGGGUUUUACCGACAGCUCUGCAAGGGGAAGGCCGUGAAGGUUGGAGUGGGAUCAGCUGGGAAAUGGGUUUCCUUCCCUCCCCGGUGUGUGCCUUAUGCAGCAGUCCAGCUGUCGAUGUUUGGACUGUUUCCUGUGAGGCAAAUUUUGAACAUGCUGGACAUUAAUCCUCAGAUUUUCACUCCGUAGUUACAGCAGGUGUAACUUCAAAGCUUUAUUUGUUUGGUGAGCUCCUUGACACUGGCCUUAAGGUCAAAGACUAAGCAGGAGUUCUGGAUUUUUUCUAACACUGCAGCUAUCAGCUCUGUUACCACUUACCGUUUCCUGGCUUGUCUGUGUACCACUUGCUUCAUUUUUUGUUUUUAAGCUUGCUUGUGGUUUUUUUUUCUUUUUUUUUUUUUUUUUUUUUUUUAAAAAAAGACCUGCGUAUCUAUAAUAGGAAAACGAAUUUGUUUUCCUGGAUUAAUGACGUCAGCCUGGCAGCAGAGGAACUGUGCGACACACUGACCGUGACCAGAGGGGUUCCAGCUGAUCUCUCCGUGUCAGGUUUUAGAUUUUUAAAUUUUUUUGACGUGUAACAGGGAGUGGGAAAUCCUUUUAAGAAGGGGAGGGUUGCAUUUACCUGGGAGCAGCUCGGGGUAUUUUUGGGAGCAGUGCGGAGGGUGUGCUGGCAGCUGUGCCCAGAGGGGUCAUUGCAUCACUGCUCUGGGGAGGCAGGGCCUGACCUUCGUGCUGUGCCCACGGCGCUUUCCCGUUUCUCUGCUGCUGGUUUGCGAUGUCCGUGCCCUGAGCGCGGAGGGUGAGGCCCCGGGCUCUGCCUGACAGCUGAUCUGGGAUGUUUGCUGCUAGAGAGCACCCAAAAAAGGCUGAGUCAGCAGGCUCCCCAGGUGGACGGGCUACUUCUGGGUGUAGUGGUUGGGUCCAGCCUUCGCCAGCUGACUGUCGCAGUGUCGGGUUGCGGAGCUCGUCCUGAAACGCGUGUGCUGGCAGCUGUAACAGCCCUGUGUCAUCUCGAGAGUCCAGUGUCAGGGAGGAGAUGGCACUCCUAGAGCCCCAUCUUUUUUUAACUACUGGGAAAAAAACAUCUUCUGGAUAUUGAAAAGGCUGAACCUGGCCUGCAGGGAAGAACAUCUUUGUACCUGAAAUGAGGGAAUGAAGUCCCGCCUUUCGCAUUCUCUUUAACACUGAGAUUCUGCUUUUAAAGGCCAAACUUUGCUAGUGUGUCCCCAAAUAGGAAGAACUAAGGCUCCCUACGUCGUGAUUUUUUUAGAAUUGGGUUGUCGUAGGAAUUAAAGAAAAGUUUUAUGGACGGUCUUAAUGCUUUUUCGAGGAGUCUGUGUGGUUUUAACCUUUGUGGUAGAGCUCCAAGUUCUGCUGAUGUAAACCUGAGCGUGAGUCUUCAGCUGGUGAGGCCGAAGGGCAGCGCUGGUAAAACUUGACUCGAUUUCCAGUCAGGAUUUUUUUUCAGACGGGAGGUGCCGGGUGGCGUGGGGGGAGUAGGCACGACUGUGGGCCAGCGUUUGCCACUGUGGUUGCAGAGUUUUUUUCCUCCGAUCGUCGGCCACUCUCGUGCCCCUUCCCCUCGGCAGCCCUGGAGGGAAGCGGAGCUUCCUCGCCGCUGCCUCGCGCGCCGUGAGGACGGUGACUCCUGCUCCUUGUGCUCCGAUUCUUGCUUUUCGUUUCCUCGCCUUCGUGACUGAACCAAACUUUCUUUGGCUAGCAACUAGCAGCAAUGUUUCUCUUCACCUCCUUGCUACCAGCUCCUUAAACAUCCCCAGGUCCCUGUGACUCGGUGCUGCAACCCCUGGGAUGUUGCUGUUAAACACCCACAGGCCUUUUAAUUUUUUUAUUUUGUGAGACACGAUAGUGAGCAGCCGAACGGGUCAGAUCCUCUCCCACCCUUAAUUCUGAGCAGCGCGAGGGGCUGGGGAGCAGCGGCGGGAGGUGGGGGGGAGCAGGACGAGUUGUCUGGUUUGUCGGGGCCGCGGGAUGACUCAUGACUUACUGUAAACCAGCCCCAAACGGGCUGAGUCACCGCCUUGUCCGUGCUACAGUCGUGCCGAUUUCCAACCGCAUUCAUUUCUUAUUAAUCAGCUCAGAGUGUGCCAUUAACGAGCUCUCUCGAGUAUUUUUAGUUAACCCCCCCCCGCCGUGUCCUCGACCGGUCACACCUCAGGGCUGAGCCUCUGAGAGCACCUCGGAGCCUUCUCUCAUCAGCGACUGCUUCCAACUCCUCUGGCCAUCCCAGGCUGGUUUUUGCAAUGCAACAUCGAGCUUGUGAGUCUGUGUUACUUCCAACCUGUCUCUGCAACUUGAAUUUCCCUCUUUUUGCAAAAAAUAAUUGUCUCGUGGGGCGGGGAGAAGGUGGUUUUUCCUGCGAGCUGCGUGUCGGCAGAAGGGCUGCCCUUGUGGAGUGACUGUAAAUACACUGUUAGUCGAAUGUCACGGCCAUUGGAAUUUUUUUUGCAUUUAUUUUUAAACUAUUCCAUGUUUGAUACUGUGUAUAAUAAAUUUGCAGAAUUUAGAGGAUUA